CUUUUACGUAAUAUUACAAAAAUAAUCCUGCAGAACUAUGGCGGCGGUAAACUGGCUUUGCGUUCCCUUAAAACGUUCUAGUAGUAGUGAGGUUGAUUUCAAAAAACCUUUGGAAAAAUUUAUAAAAGCGACGUUUUCAGCGGAGAUUUACGAUGAGCUCAAAGGCAGUAUAACCGAGCUAAACAAAUUACGAAGUAACGCUGUUAAUCGAGCUCCAGAGAGACACCAGUCCUCUCUUGAUACUUUAUUAAGAUAUUAUGACCAACUUGUCUCAAUGGAAAGUAAGCUUCCCAUAUCAGAAAACCAGAUCCGAAUCACGUUUUCAUGGUAUAAUGCUUUUGAUAAGGGCUCCUGGCUAUCUAGUGGCAAAGCAGGUCUCGCCAGUGCUUCUUAUGAGAAAAUGUGUCUCUUAUUCAAUAUUGGUGCAUUGCAAAGCCAAAUUGCCGCUUCUCAAAACCUAACAUCGGAUGAUGGCCUAAAAACUGCUGCAAAAUAUUUUCAGGCAUCAAGUGGAACAUUUGAAAUGAUCAAAGAAAGUAUUUUCAGUGUUUUACAUCAAAUUCCUACCUCUGAUCUCUCACUGGAGUGCUUGGCUGCACUGGUUGCGAUCAUGUUGGCACAAGCUCAGGAAGCUUUUUGCUUGAAAGCUAUUCAGGACAAAAUGAAAGACUCUAUAAUUGCUAAAGUCGCAGCUCAAACCUCUGAUUUCUACAACGCGGCAGUUCAAGCCGCUAAUGUGACUGUAGCCCGGCAGCUGUUUGAUAAGGAAUGGAUUCCGAUGUUAUCUGGAAAAAAAUGUUACUUCACAGCACUGGCAGAAUAUCAUCAAGCCGCAGUUGCGAAGGACAAGGGUGCCUAUGGUGAACAGGUUUCCAGACUCAAGGUUGCAAUUAAUAACAUUUCAGAGUGUGUCCGAGUAAGCCAAGGGACAGUGAAUGUUCAGACUUGGUCAGAAAAAAUCAACCGUGCUUAUAAUGAGGCAAAGAAAGACAAUGAUUUUAUCUAUCACGAUCAAGAGCCUCGACCUGACGCCCUACAAGCACUCGGCCGUGCUGCACUGGCGAAAUCUAUACCCCUGGGACCCACUCCAAUAACGAGCAAUUUUAAGGAUAUUUUUGAAAAGUUGGUUCCAACCGCUGUGCAUAACGCUUUACAAGCUUUUGAAUCGAGACAAGCGGAAAUUACAAAUAUUGAAGUUGGCCGCUCAAGAGCUGCCACUCAGGAAUUGAAAAGUAUUUUAGCAUCAUUGAACCUGCCCGCUGCUAUUGAAGAUUUAUCUGGAGAUCAGGUUCCCAAGUCUGUACUUGAAAAAGCUGCGUCAGUGCGAGAGAAAGGAGGACUGGGAACAAUUGACCAUCAGCUGCAAGCUUUGCCUGAGCUUUUGAAUCGAAACCGAGAGAUUUUGGACGAGGCCGUUCGCUUGUUGGACGAAGAGGAACGACAGGACACCCAAAUGAGAGAUCAUUUUCAUGAAAAAUGGACACCCAAACCAUCAGCUGAAUUAACCGCUAACUUACGUGAAGAAUGCGCUAAAUACAGGGCUAUCGUGGAAAAUGCCACAAAUGCUGAUAAGAUUGUUAAAGAAAAAUAUAAUGAGCACCGACAGUCGAUUAUUUUGCUGUCCAAAACUGAUGAGGAAAUUGCGAACAGUCUUCCAACAGUUAAAUCGUCAGGUCAGACAGCAAGUCCUGUUGUCGUAGAGUUACGUCAGCUUAUGGAAGAAGUUGAAACCAUUCAGGCAGAACGUGAAGCCAUCGAAAGUGAAUUCACAUCACCAUCUCAAGAUAUGGCGGCGAAAUUUCUGGGAGCCCUGGCUGCAGACGGCACAAUAACAGAUCUUGAAGGGAUUACAUCAGGUGGCAUAGACGAAAAAUAUGGUCCAUUGAGAGAACAAGUUGAAGAGUCACUAAAACGUCAAGAAAAAUUGGUGGAAAAAGUAAAGGAAACAAACGAUAAAUUUGUUAGAGAGAAGACGUCAGGUCAAGCUGCUUGUGAAAGAGAAAAGAUAUUGAAAGAUUUAGCUGCUGCUUAUGAUGUGUAUACCGAAUUGACAUCUAAUUUGAUGGAAGGAACCAAGUUUUACAAUGAUCUAACGGAAAUUUUAUUGAAGUACCAAUCAAAGAUAUCUGAUCUUGUGUUUGCACGUAAAACAGAGAAAGAAGACCUUUCAAGAGAACUCCAGCAGGCCCUGGCAAAUGCCCCAGCAAGUACUGUGCCAAAUACACCUAAACAUCAUGAUGCUCCAGAGCGUCCCAAACCACCAGCACGGCCGUCACGACCUCCACGUAAAACAGAUCCAACACCUGCUGUACCUCAACAACCCCAAGUAUCCCAACAACCUUUUGUUCCCCAACAAGCUGCAAACAUGCCCCCAGCUCAUGGUUAUGCUCCAUCUCCUGGUGGUCACCCUGCACCAUCAGCACCAUACCCCAGCCCCCCUGGUGGAUACCAACCCAUGCCAACCGGUUAUCAACCUUAUGCCAACUAUGCCCCUCCGGGGGGUAUUGCCUCUAUAGCACCCGGAUAUCCGGGGUACCCUGCAGGGACACUUCCUCCAACAUGGCAUUACCAAGGUCAAGGAUAUCCACAGCAGCAACAAUAUCAGUAUCCAGCGGGUUAUCCCUAUCAAGGACCUCCUGGAGGCUAUCCAAGACAGUAAUAUUGAACCAAUCAAGUCAUACUGGCAAAACUGCAGUAGUUAAAAUCUUAUGAAAAUAUAUUCAAUAAUACGAUAUGUAUGUUAGUACUGUAGACAAUUGAACAGAUUGAGAAUAUCAUUAAAUUAGGAAAAUAUUAGAGCAAUUGCAAGUACUGUGACAAGCAACGACACAACCCUUUUCUAGGACAAGUGAUUGUUUAUAAAUUUCGUCUCUAAAGAUUUCUAGAUUUUCUAGAAACCUAGAUUAUCUCAUUUUUAGUGUUUGCUUUAAUUGCUUGUAUUUGAUAAAGUACACUUGUACCAUGUCUAUGAAGAUUUCACUAAAUGAAAACUUGUGAAACACAUGCAUGAUUUUAUACAAAACAAGAAGCUCGUCAUGUCAAUGUUAGUAGAAUGUCGUUUACAUUUUAGGUGAAAUAUAUUAUGUAAUUAGUUCAUAUAUAACAUUGUUACGGAUCUCUGAUUGUAGACCAAUUUAUUGUUCAGUUUUUCCAGGUAUAAAAGCUGUCGAAACAAGCUACGAUUUUGUAUAUUUCAGAAGGCCCUCACUAGCUUGAAAUGCGAAGACCUUAUGCGACCGCUCUCGCCUUUAG